UCAAGUCUAUUGUUCAGACUAUUCAAGCCAUAUAUGGCUAUAAAUAGGCAAAUAAUAUGAGUUAAUUUCACAACCACUGAAGAGAUUUCCUCUAUAGCUAUUGAUUAAUCAUAAUCAUGAAAUCUGAAGCUAUUCCAUUCUUCUCAUUCACCCUCCUCCUUCUCUUUCCCUUGCUGUUUCAGGUUGUUUUAGCAGACUUGAAAGACAAAAAACCAUCCUCAUUUGAGUUUCUCCAGCAUCUGCAAGGAUGUCACAAAGGAGACAAGGUUAAAGAUAUACAUAAACUCAAAAAGUAUCUCGAAAAUUUUGGUUACUUGAGCUAUAAGAACAAGACGCAUGCCAAUGAUGACGAUUUCGAUGAUUUUUUGGAGUCUGCCAUCAAAACUUACCAGCUCAAUUAUCAUUUGAAGGCAACCGGGACUUUGGAUGCCAAAACAGUAUCAAAGAUGAUGAACCCGCGAUGUGCAGUAGCUGAUAUCAUCAAUGGUACUUCUAGGAUGCGUUCUGGCAAGAAAAGGCACCACCCUUCAGGCUCUAAAUCAGUCCAUAUGGUCUCUCACUAUUCAUUCUUUCAAGGAGAACCCAGAUGGCCAGCUUCCCAGUCCCAUCUCACCUAUGCAUUUCUUCCAGGGACCCGAGCCGAUGCCAUUAGCCCUGUGGCUAAAGCUUUCCAAACAUGGGCCGCAAAUACUCACUUCAGUUUUUCGAGGACUGAGGACUAUGUCAAUGCUGAUAUCACAGUUAGCUUUGAAAGUCUCGAUCAUGGAGAUGGAUCCCCUUUUGAUGGACCUGGUGGAACCUUAGCUCAUGCUUAUGCACCAACUGAUGGGAGAUUCCACUAUGAUGCAGAUGAACAAUGGUCUGUAAGUGCAACCCCUGGUGCAUUUCACUUGGAAACUCUGGCAUUGCAUGAAAUCGGACACCUUCUUGGCUUGGGGCACAGCUCCAUUGAAGGGGCCAUCAUGUAUCCCACCUUCAGGUCCGGAGAAAGCAAGGGUUUGCACGGGGAUGAUAUUGAAGGAAUCAAGGCUUUAUACAACUAUUGAGGAAGCUAGAGCAAGUGAAAUUUGUGAAUCAAUAUAAAAAACAAUAAUGUUGCAUUUUUUGUAUGCUAACAUCUAUCAGGUUUACGGAUCAUAUAGAAAGUACUGUCCACUAGAAUAAGUCUCGUCCAACAAAAAUAAAAUAGAGAUGAGGAGAAAAGUCUUUAUAUUUUCCAGUUUGGUCAUAAUAAAAGGAAAUUAGUUCAAUUGCUGAUCUUAUCAAUCAACCUUGUAUAAAUUAAAAGGAAAUGUUCCAGAAUAAACCAAACCAACCAAAGCAAAUUCGCGGCCCAAGACAGACAUAAA